GUCUUCCGUCGGCGGAGGUCAGAUCCUCGGCUACGGGCUGGGUGACUCAGCCGAGUCGGCUCGAACUUCAAGCCGAGUGCUGACCGCGAAGUGAAACCACGCCCCUGCGCACAAGUCGGCCGCCAAAGUUCCUUCUUCUCGAAGCGAAUCGACCGAAUCUACCACUAUAAUCUCUGUUGGAAAUAGUAUAUUAUACACUCUUUGGAAUCGUUUGUCUGAUAAUAUUAUAUCCUAGAACGUCAUGAAUAAUUAUUAUUGAUACGAGUUGUUGGCCCGAUAAGGAUGUUUACCGAAAAACACUUGCAAACCAAAGAUUACUGAGAAACAAAGGAUUUACUAACCAUGAUUGGUGCCAAAAAUGAACCAUUUUCAAAUUUUAAUGCAAAAUUACGUUUCCGAACAAAAUCAUCAAAGCAAUAUGAUAUUUUACCAAAACAUGUGAAGGAUUCAGCAUUCAAAUUUGAAAACAACUCUAAAGGAAUACGAUCAACACCUGCAGGACCUCAUCAUUUUUUAUUAUGUAUUGUAAUUUCAGUUGCUUUUUAUACAGUUUUGGCUAUACUCGAAAAAAGUUUACCCGAACCUGUGACACUAUCUAAUGAACACAACCAUCCAGACCGAUUUGUAGCUGAAAGAGCUAGAAAUCAUUUGGUUAAAUUGACAUCAAUGGGACCUAGACCUGUAGGAAGUAAAGAAAAUGAAAUUUUAGCAGUGCAAUUAUUAUUAGAUGAAAUUAAGAUAAUUAUUGAACAAGCUGAUCCUUCACAUAAAGUUGAAUGGGAUCUACAAAGGGUUAGUGGAGCAUUUUCGUUGCAAUUCCUUGAUGGAAUGACAAAUGUAUAUAGGAAUGUACAAAAUAUUAUUGUUAAAAUUGGUCCCAUUAAAGCAUCUCGUCAUAGUUUGCUGAUUAACUGCCAUUUUGAUUCAGUCGUGGACAGCCCUGGAGCAAGUGAUGAUGGUGCUAGUUGUGCAAUUAUGUUAGAAUUAUUACGUGUAAUAUCACGCCUUAAAAUACCUUUAAAAAAUAACAUCAUUUUUCUUUUCAAUGGGGCGGAAGAAAAUAUGAUGCAGGCAUCACAUGGGUUCAUUACUCAACAUAAAUGGGCUUCUAGUAUACGGGCAUUUAUCAACAUGGAAGCUUGUGGUGCUGGCGGUAAAGAAAUACUAUUUCAAGUUGGUCCUAACCAUCCGUGGCUUUUGGAAGCCUAUUCGGAUACUGUGCCCUAUCCUUUGGCCUCUUCUAUGGCUCAGGAAAUAUUUCAAAGCGGCAUUAUACCAGGCGAUACUGACUAUAGAAUAUUUCGUGACUUUGGUCGUGUUUCUGGUCUUGAUUUCGCUUGGUCAGCUAAUGGUUAUGUUUACCAUACAAAAUUAGACACGGUAGAUAAAAUUCCUCUUGGUACAUUUCAAAGGACUGGAGAUAAUAUGUUACCUUUAAUUUUAAAACUAGUGAACUCAGUACAAAUUUCAGAUGUUGAAAAGUACAGCACGGGAAAUUUAGUGUUUUUUGAUUUUUUGGGUAUAUUUAUUGUUCAUUGGAGUGAAGUAUUAUCCGAUAUAAUCAAUAUUAGUGUGAUUAUUAUUUCUCUACUAGUAAUUUUGUACAACGCUAGUCAUACUCGUGUUACUGGUUUUAGUGUUAAAGAUUAUUUUAAAUCAUGUUUUAAGUGCUCAAGCUUAACUGUAUUAAUAUGGUUAGCAACUCUGUUCACAAUAGCUGUAUUAUCACUGACUGUUGUGAUGCUUGAUCGUCGUUUGAGUUGGUUUGCUCAACCAGCUUGGCUCUUAUUUUUAUAUAUUACACCAACUAUUUUAGUACCAAUGGUUCUGUUGGUUUUAUUUGGUCGUAAAUUCCUAUGGGGUAAAAAAGGAACCCAUUACCCACAAUCCUUAAUGUACUGCAUUUCUCGUGAUGGCAAUCAAUUGUUGUAUAUUAUGAUUCUUUUGUUAUGUGUAUUACUACGUAUUAGGUCAGGAUUUGCUGUUGCUCUCUUUGUUACUUGUAACACAAUCAGUAUUUUAUUACAUAACACCAUACUGAAUAAUGAUUAUGGAUAUAAAGUAUUAUGGUUACAUUGGGGCUGUAUGCUUGUCCCAUUCAUGUUGUCUGCUUACAUGAUACAAGCGGCACUUCUCUUAGUGGUUCCCAUUAUGGGACGAUCAGGAUCUGGAAAUCAUGCUGAAUCGGUUAUGUCACUCAUAACAUCAGCUAUGUUCACUCUUGUAUUCAGUUUUUAUAAUCCGUUGGUAUUACUACUUCAAAAAGUGUACACUGUGUUUAGUUCAUUAGCAGUGGUGUUAUUAGUUUCAUUUCUAGUUUUGGUAUUUACGCCACUUGGAUUUCCGUAUUCUGGUGAUCCUAAUAAUUUGGCACCACAACGGUUUAUGAUAGCGCAUGUUGAACGCAGUUUUUAUGGCUAUAAUGGCUCGCUGAGGGAUCAUCAAAAUGGUUUGUGGAUUGUAAAUCUGGAUGUGAAUAGUCCACAAUCUAUUGUUAGACAUGUACCUGAAUUGAUAAAUGCUCGUCAAAUAAGUCAGGACGAGUGUAACAAUGAGCUGUACUGUGGACUACCAUACUUUAUACCAGUUAUUACAUUUAUAUGGAAGACUCAUUGGAUUGAUACGAAACCAUUAGAUGUUGAAAUACCGUUAAGCCUUAAUUUAACAUACAGGGAUCACAGAUUACAUAAUGUCCAAAGGCUCUCUUUCUCUGCAAUUGGUCCUGAUCAUAUAACAUUCAUGUUAUCUUUAUAUGAUGGUAUUAAGCUGAAAGAUUGGAGUUUAAGUGAUGGCGAACCUCUCAAAGGACCACUAUGGAAUGACCGUCCUACUUAUUUUGUGUAUUAUUCAUGUGCCAACGAUAUUAUUCCAUGGGACUUUUGGAUCGAUAUUGAGGUUCCCAAAACUCAUGUGGGACCUCAAAUUGAAAUUGGAUUAUCUGGUCAUCGAAUGCACGGUCCAAAUCAAUAUACACCUGAAUUGAAAAAAUUAUUUAAUCAACUCCCACAAUGGACUACUACGACUGGUUGGGCUUCGGCUUAUAAAUCUUACACUUUGUAAACACAAACACUUAUAUUUAAUGGACUUUGUUAUUAUAAAUUAUUUACGAUGUUUAAUAGACAAUUAUUAAACUCGA